UACCGGAAUGUUUAGAUGCUGCCCGGAAUCUUAUCUUGCGUUCGGUAUUUUGUUCAAAAAGCAGAGCGUGCUAAGAGGAGCCGUAAUCACGUGACCAGCGAGCGAACAGAGCAGUUGAACGCUGUAUCAGAGUGCCAGAAAUUUGAAUAAACUAACGCGAAUGAGCCUGCACCGAGUACACUUUUUAAAUAAACGAACGGUAAAUUCAAGCUCGGAGAACUCAGAUCAAAAUACCGACUGCUCUGAACACGUUUACCCUGGAGUUAAAACCAAAACCAACCCGGAGGUGAUUCGCUUUUGAAAAAUCGACCCGGUAGGAAAAUAAACGCAGAUUAGAAGAUCUUCUUUCUUCUUGAUAUACAGGCUUUAGCUUACACAUGAUUAUGAUUCCACAAACUGAGUUGGAUACUAUACUAUAGUAAAUAGUGAACAGGAACACUAAAGAACAUGCCACACUAGUGAAACUCCUGGAUAUUUUUAAAAGAAUUAAAAGAAAUGAAAAUUUAUUCUUAUAAUUACUAUCGACAUACUAUCGAUAGUAAUGAUAGUGACAAAAAAAGUAACUAUCGAUAGUUUGCCCACCUCUAAAUCUAACCUCCAAAUUUCCAUUUCUUAUUCUUUAUUUGUAUUUUGUAUUAAUUCCUUUAUUAUUUUAUUUCUGGUAAAGAAAUCAAUAAUUUUCAACGGAUCCAGAAUUUUCCUACUAUUCGAAACAUUAAAUUUAACUAAUAAAUCAAAAUGGAUUAUGUAGAAGAACAAAAAAGCGAAAUCGAAGCUCUCGAGUCCAUCUACUAUGGGGAUUUCCAAAUUAUUGCCCUAGAGCCCUACAAAUUUUCAGUUCCAAUUAAAACGGACGAUUACGAUGAUGAUACUGACGCAGGCCUUUGCUGUGAUUUGGUCAUAACUUACACACCUAAAUAUCCCGAAGAAGCUCCAAUAAUAGAAAUAGAAAACGCCGAAAAUUUCGAGGAAAAAUAUGAAGCUAUGUUGCUUGAACAUUUGGCUGAACAGGUAAAAGAGAAUUUAGGAAUGGUAAUGGUAUUUACUUUGGUUUCUGCCGCUCAAGAAUGGUUACACACCAAAUAUGAAAAUGCAAAGACAGCAAAAGAAGAAAGGGAAGCAAAAGCUUUAAAAGAACUAGAAGAGGCUGAACGUAAAAGAUUUGAAGGUACCAGAGUGACAAUAGAAACCUUUCUGAAAUGGAGGCAAGAAUUUGAAGCAGAAUUGGGCAUCGAUAAGAAAAGAGAACUGGCAGAAAAAGAAGGUAGAAAAUUAACAGGCCGGGAAUUAUUCAUGACUGACAACACUCUUAACGAAUCUGAUCUCAAAUUCCUUGAUGAAGCAGAUAGGGUCAAAGUUGAUGAAAGUUUAUUCCAAGAUUUGGAUGACCUUGAUCUGGACGACGAGGAUGAUGAAGAUUUUGAUCCAGAUAACUGCAACAGUGACUCUUCAUGAUACAUGUUAGCCUAAAUAAUAUUCAUUAUACAAUUUUUUUUUUAAUUUGAUUUAGGUGAUUAUAUACAUAUUGUUGAAUUAUUGAA